AUGUUGUAUAAAUCACAGGCCUGCUACCUCGGCGACUUUGACCCACACGGGAUAUACAUUUUCCUUACUUAUCUACGUGCAUGCAAACAAAAACAGCAGCAGCAGCAACAGCAACAACAGCAGCAGCAGCAGCAGCAGCACAACAGCAGCAGCAACAGAACCUGCAGCGAGAGCGAGAGCGACAGCGAGAGAAACAACAGUAACAGCAAGAACAACAGCAACGGCAGCAGCAGCAGCAAGAUCACCAGCAGCAAUAGCAGCAGCAACAGCAGCAGCAGCAAUGGUUUGCUGCAUUACAUAGGCCUAGUAGCGAGCGAUGUGGAGGGUUUGCCUUUGGCUUCUGUCUCUCCUUUGGGGUUGAGAGAUAAAGUAAUGCUGCAGAAUCUGCUGGUCGACGCUUCAAUUGCUGCAGAAGAAGGAGUAAAGAGUCACUGCGAACAAAUGCAGCAAAUAAAUAAGAAAGCCCAGGUGGAAGCACUCGCUGCCCUCAACUCGCCGCUGAAGCAAACCAUCGCCCUCAGAGUCUUGAGGCAGCAGUGGCUCUAA